AUGAUGCCCAUCGAGGACAUACCAGCAAGGACACCUAUUGGGGACAUACCAGCAAGGACACCUAUUGGGGACAUACCAGCAAGGACACCUAUUGGGGACAUACCAGCAAGGACACUUAUCGAGGACAUACCAGCAAGGACACCUAUCGAGGACAUACCAGCAAGAACACCUAUCGUGGACAUACCAGCAAGGACACCUAUCGAGGACAUACCAGCAAGGACAUCUAUCGAGGCCAUACCAGCAAAGACAUCUAUCAAGGACAUACCAGCAAGGACACUUAUCGAGGACAUACCAGCAAGGACACCUAUCGAGGACAUACCAGCAAGGACACCUAUCGAGGACAUACCAGCAAGGACACCUAUCGAGGACAUACCAGCAAAGACAUCUAUCAAGGACAUACCAGCAAGGACACCUAUCGAGGACAUACCAGCAAGGACACCUAUCGAGGACAUACCAGCAAGGACACCUAUCGAGGACAUACCAGCAAGGACACCUAUCGAUCAUACCAGCAAGGACAUACCAGCAAGGACACCUAUCGAGGACAUACCAGCAAGGACACCUAUUGGGGACAUACCAGCAAGGACACCUAUCGAGGACAUACCAGCAAGGACACCUAUCGAGGACAUACCAGCAAGGACACCUAUUGGGACAUACCAGCAAGGACACCUAUCGAGGACAUACCAGCAAGGACACCUAUCGAGGACAUACCAGCAAGGACACUUAUCGGGGACAUACCAGCAAGGACAUCUAUCAAGGACAUACCAGCAGGACACUUAUCGAGGACAUACCAGCAAGGACACCUAUCAUUCAUACCAGGGACAUACCAGCAAGGACACCUAUCGAGGACAUACCAGCAAGGACACCUAUCGAGGACAUACCAGCAAGGACACCUAUCGAGGACAUACCAGCAAGGACACCUAUCGAGGACAUACCAGCAAGGACAUACCAGCAAGGACACCUAUCGAGGACAUACCAGCAAGGACACCUAUCGAGGACAUACCAGCAAGGACACCUAUCGAGGACAUACCAGCAAGGACAUCUAUCGAGGACAUACCAGCAAAGACAUCUAUCAAGGACAUACCAGCAAGGACACCUAUCGAGGACAUACCAGCAAGACAUCUAUCAAGACAUACCUAUCGAGGACACACAUCGAGGACAUACCAGCAAGGACACCUAUCGAGGACAUACCAGCAAGGACAUCUAUCGAGGACAUACCAGCAAAGACAUCUAUCAAGGACAUACUAG